AUAACGCCAACGAUUGUUAAAACCGCGCCUCUCCCAAUAAUUAAACUGUUUGUGUUUUUCUUCUCCAACGGCUGUGCAUUUCAAGAUAUUAUCCUCGAGGCAAGGUACGGCUCCCAGCACCGUAAGCAGCGCCGCAGCCGGACCGCCUUCACAGCCCAGCAACUGGAGGCGCUGGAAAAGACAUUCCAGAAAACCCACUACCCCGAUGUGGUGAUGAGGGAGCGACUGGCCAUGUGCACCAACCUGCCUGAAGCUAGAGUGCAGGUGUGGUUUAAAAAUAGGCGCGCUAAAUUUCGAAAGAAGCAACGCAGUCUGCAGAAGGAGCAGCUGCAGAAACAGAAAGAGGCCGAAAUGAGUCAGGAUGGAGCGAAAUCCGAGAAACCAGCCACGGAGACACAGGGCUGCUCAGAAGUCAGCGAGGCACGCAGCGCUGGCGGCGAGCCGAUUAACAUCGAGCUAAAUGUCACCUCGGCCGAGCAGUCAGACAGUGAAUCAUCGGCAGAGGAGCAGAUGGAGAGAGAGCGAGAGUUUAAAUCUCCGACAGAGGAAAUCAAGCAGGACAAGGGCUGCAGUCCCGACAGCAAAGCGACGGCCUGUAAACGGGGAAGUCCCAAAGCAGAUUCACCAAUCAACACGACAGGGACACCAGCGUCCAGCAGUGGGAGUAACGUGGGACAGACCCACUCUUACUCCUCAUCUCCGCUGAGCCUGUUCCGACUCCAAGAGCAGUUCCGUCAGCACAUGGCAGCGACCAACAACCUCGUCCACUACUCCUCCUUUGACAUGGGCAGCCCACCGGCUAUGCCAUACCUCGGCAUGAACAUGAACGUGGCUCCCAUCAGCUCUCUCCACUGCCAAUCCUACUACCAGUCGCUGUCGCACGCCCAGCAAGUGUGGUCCAGUCCCAUUCUGCAGGCAUCGAGCGCCCUGCCCAAUCUCAACAGCAAAACCACUAGCAUUGAAAACCUCCGGCUACGGGCUAAGCAGCACGCUGCCUCUCUGGGGCUUGACAGCUUACCGAACUGAAAACCAGUAGGACGAGGGGAAAUACACGCUUCGAAAUGAAGACUUACCACAACGCAAGACAUGAUCGAAUCUAAGACGAGCUAGAUGUUGCCACCUUUGGCAAGAUGCUUUAAAAGCGAAUCCAAACGUGAAACUCCAUUGCAUAUCAGUUUCCUAUGAUCAGACGGAAUCAUCACAUAUAUUGUACGGGGUAAACUAAAACCAACAGCUCUACUGCAAAAAAAAAAAUCAUUAGUCUAGCUUCAAGUUACAGAUAACCCAGUACCAAUGAGUUACAGGUAGUACUUUAAACAAGUCGGUAUCUUGCAUUUAAAGGUUGCGUGCAGAGCUUUCUUUAAAACAAAUAAAUAACAAGUUUUAAUAAGUAUCUUUUAAGAAGAUAAUUAAUUUAAUAACAGCCCGACUAAAUUAACUUAGCGCUUAGACAUUUGAGUUAGGAAAUAUCUCCUGAUCAAAUAAUCGACAGCUCUUUACACUAGAAAUAAACCAAACGUGGACAGAGGGAGCAAAAGGGAGUUAAUUUCACUCGUUCACAAUUCUUCCUUUGAUUUUUAAAGGACACUAACAACGCGACUCUUAAAAUUCUGUCCCAAAGUCAUUUAAAAAAAUGUAGCUGAGUUUAGAAGACAGCACCUGGAACUCGGUUCCAAAUGCUGCCAGUCUAGCCGUCCGAAUUUCGUCUCAGUUACAGAAGCAACCAGCAAACUGCAGAGGGUAGCGCCGCUCGAAGGGAGGGUGGGUUAAAGUUCAUCAGAACACUUAUUCUCCAAUUUAUUGAUUUAAACAAAUUACAUCUGAAAUCUGGUGAAUUGUCUUAGUUUUAUAGUGAAGAUCAUAGUUAUGGUCAUUGCAAAUAUCAUUGGCAUUAAGAAACAUGUAUAAGAUGUGUUACCUAGGAAUAAUUUACGAUCUAUAAUCGAACUGUAGAGUACCAGAAACGUCAAUCCGAGAUAGAAGAUCAAUUGGUGUAAUUUGUAAGCUACAAAUGAAGGACGUUGUCAAUUCAUAAAUUCGUUCUCGGUCGGUGUGAAUUACAAGCCGUUGCAAAUAAGAAACUUCUGCAUUCCGACAAGUCACGCUUAUUUUAUUUUGCUGAGAGAUACAGCGUUGAAACUGGUCCAGAGGCCCACCGAGUCUAACCCGACCACUGAUCACCCGUUCGCACUUGUUCUAUGCUACCCACUUUCGCAUUCACUCCCUACACGCUAGGGGCAAUUUACAGAAGUAAAAUAACCCGCAAACCCGCACGUCUUUGGUAUGUGGGAGGAAACUGGAACACCUGGAGGAAACCCACGCGGUCACAGGGAGACAGGACACAUUCCACACUGGAGAUCAAGAUCCAGCCCGCUCUACCAGCUGCGCCAUUGUGUUCAGUAUCAGACUGUUUACCACAGAAUCCAAGACACCGUAAAUUGUGACUUUAUUCCGCUACUCCUGGAUCAAGGUUAAUAUUAACGACACCAACAGGAACCCAACAUAAUUAUUGACUGCAAAUUAGAAAGUGCUGGAGGUACUCACUGGGUCAGGCAACAUCCGAGGAGGGAAUCGACAGGCGACGUUUCGGGUCAGGAACCUUCUUCAAACUGAAGUAAUCAGUCUAUACCUUCCUCAGAUACUGCCUGACCCAUUGACUUCCAAGAUAACUUUGUGUUUUGCUUAAGAUUCCAGCAUCUGCAGUGUCUUGUGUCUACAAUUAUCGCCGGAUAAAUGGGGAACGCUUGGCGCACAUAACUAGUGCAUAUACAUAAUUAUAACACGGAAAUAGACGAUUACGAUCACUUGCUUAAAAUACAUAUUUGGAAAUUGCAGCUUCAUUGAAUUAACAUCACAAUCCACUUUUCAAAAGAGCACUCCCCUUCUUUAAUAGCGGAGCCUUGCUGUGUCAAUGGAUAUUGCAACGCACUAUUACACAAAUGUAAACGCCAGGUUGAAAGCAUGGCCCAACCAAUUGGAUCUAUUAUGAUUCCGUUUUUUCAUUCCAAUAUAAAAAUGAAUGCAGUGUGAAUCUGCAUUGCAACUGGUUGUCGCUGGCACCAAUGACUCUCCCCGAACUGCAAUGGUUUUUUUGGAGUUAUGCGCAGGGAUCUGUUGGGGGUUGUCAAUAAAUUCUCUGUGACUUCACCGGAGACAGAGAACACCACCCUCUCUUCCCUGUCUAUUGACACAAGU